UAUCUAAAUAUUAUGAAACGGCAGAAGCAACUGAAAUGAUAACAAGAAUAAGCUUGUUGGCAAAAAAGUGAAGUCGCGUCCUUUGCACUGGCCGUUCGCAUGGUUUGUCCUGCAAAAUCUCACGUUCUACAAAAAGUUCCACUUUGGGCAUUUGGAAAGGUGGCAACCUAAACAUCGAAUAAGCACUCGCAUUCUACUAGACUAAGCUUUUAAUCUGGUAAACGUUCUGUCAUUUGCACUAGCCGUGGGUAUCCUUUGUCCGCACAAUCUCACGUUCUGCAGAAAAUGCUCCACGUUGAGCAUUUGAAAAUGCAACCCUACAACUACUAUGAUAGUCUAUGAUCCAGCCCUCUCAAUGACAUUUAGUAAAAUAAAUACAAACAACGAAACGCGAUCUAAACCUGCAGAAGAUAGUAACAGAAGGAAGGUAGGAACCGACAACAAACGGAACUGACGUCCACUUUGGGAACUAUUAAUGUUCACCAGGAAGUCAAUAUGGCUGAGGCGUGCCAGCAGACGGUGUUACAAAAAUGGGAGAGGAAACAGCGUAAACUGAAAAACUUGAUGAUUGACUCUGACACAGAAGAAUGGCAACGAAGUGAAAGCUUCCUGGGAUUGGGGAAGAUUGGGGGUGUGGACUUGUCUUUCAUUAAGGAAGACAAUAUCAAUGCCUGUGCAUCACUGGUCAUCCUUAGUUAUCCUGAUUUACAGGUCAUCUAUGAGGAUUACCAAAUGGUCAGACUCACAGCUCCUUAUAUCGCAGGCUUUUUGGCAUUUCGGGAAGCACCUUAUUUAGUAGAAGCUGUGGAUCGCCUUCGAAAACAGGACCCUUCUCUUGUACCCCAGGUAAUCCUGGUUGAUGGGAACGGGUUGCUACAUUACAGAGGUAAGACAGCCAUUGUUUUAACUGUUUGUGCCUUUUAA